AUGACUACCAACAAAAAUUUGCAGCAUAAUGUAGGGCCCAGUGUGAGAAAGCUGGGUCUCCCUCAGAGGUCAUGGGUCAUCCAGCAGGACAAUGACCCAAAACACACUUCAGAAAGCACUAGAAAAUGGUUUGAGAGAAAGCACUGGAGACUUCUAAAGUGGCCAGCAAUGAGUCCAGACCUGAAUCCCAUUGAACACAUGUGGAGAGAUCUGAAAAUGACACUCUGGAGAAGGCACCCUUCAAAUCUCAGAGACCCGGAGCAGUUGGCCAUAGAAGAAUGGUCUAAAACUCCAGCAGAGCAUUGUAAUAAACUCAUUGAUGGAUACCGAAGCGGUUGUUCACAGUUAUUUUAUCUAAAGGUUGUGCUACCAAGCAUUAGGCUGAGGGUGCCAAUACUUUUGUCUGGCCAAUUUUUGGAGUUUUGUGUAAAAUGAUUUUUUUUUUUUUUUUUCUCUUUUGUGUUUUUUCAUUGCAAGCACAAUAAAUGAAGAUAUAACUACCAAAACAUUUGUGAUUGCAAGGCUGAGUAAUCAUCAUACACGAAAUGUAACUCAUAGCGUUAGCAUUCGUGUUAGAAUUAGGCUAAUGCUAAUGGUGAGCGUCCUCUUAAACUCUCGGACAACUUUCUUUACAUACAGUUCGUGGCGUCAAGGUGUGUAUAAUUAAUUUAAAAUAAUGUACUGUUAUUCUGCUGAGUGUACAGGGUGACCCCAAAAAAAGUUUACACUGCUAUAAUACAACUUAAAUGCCAUGUUUAUUCAGCUUAGAAUUAGAAUUUAAUCACAAAUUAUACAUUAUUGUAAAGAACAUGUACAGUACACUCUAUUUUUCAAUGUGUCCUCCCUUAAGUGUCACAACAGCCUCCAGGCGCCUGCGGAAGGCUUCUUUAUGUAGGAUGCUGUCAUCUUUUCCCAAGAUCUAACAAUGGACCUCUCCAAGGCUGCCACAGAAGUUUGUGGCUUCUUACAGGCACUGUCCUCCAUAGUUGCCCAUAUGCUAUAAUCCAGGGGAUUGAGAUCUGGACUCUGGGGUGGCCACAUAUCACCUUGUCAAUCAACUUUUUGGUCCGCACAGAUCUUCACUUCCAGACCCAGGUUUUCUUGAGGCUGUUCCAGUAUCUUUCAGCUUCUUUUUAACUUUGUAGACUGCACAUCUGGAUAUUCUCAGAUUUGCUGCAAUCUCAGUAUGUGUCAGACCGGCACGCAGCAAUUCAGGUACAGCUAAAGUUUUCUUCAUUUUCAGCAGAAGCACAGGAAUUGUAGAGACGAGCGAUUACCAGCUGCAUUGAGUGACCUUAACGAAUCACUUAAGUAUGACAACCUAUUUAGAUAUGUUUCAAUGGCUUUUAAACAAGCAGUCAACUGAGUGUAAACUUUUUUUUGGGUCACCGUGUAUAUUGCCACCGGGCUGGCGUUGUCCUUGUAGACGCUACAAUAUGUGCUGAUCUUUCAAUGUUCAUUCAGAAUAGUUGGAAACCUUUAUUUAUUCAUUUUUGGAGUAAAAUUUUUAAUUUUAGUUUUUAUCAACAAAAACUUGAUAAACACAUUUUUAGAUGACUAAAAUACAGUAUGUCUAAGACUAAUAAGUACUAUUGUCCAAAAGGCCAAGACUGAGACGAAAAUGGAAAGUGUUGCCAAAAACAACAAUGAUGCACACAAAAAAAAGUGUCACCUCCACCUCUGUCAGCACCUCCUAUCAAUUUCCUGUAUGUAUGUAUUGCUUUCGAAAUGACUUUGACAUCAGCAAGUGUUCAACCUGCACAACUGUAAUGAUGUAUGUCUUCGGCACCCUAUUUGCCAUUCAGCUGCUCUCUGGGUUUUCAGAGGCAACAGGGAGCAGCAUAGUGGGUGGUAAGGUUGCAAAGGCUCACUCCAAACCCUACAUGGCAUCACUGCACGUCAAUGGAGGCCACACAUGCGGCGGCAUACUAAUCCGCGAGGACUUUGUUCUCACUGCGGCCCAUUGCAAAAAUGAGUCAAUAGAGAAAAUGACAGUUAUACUUGGAGCGCACAACAUAAGCAAGCACGAGAAAAGCCAGCAACGGAUCCACGUGGCAGAGUUCUAUCUUCAUCCACGCUACACCCCUGGAGGGUACACCAAUGACAUUAUGCUACUUAAGUUGGAACGUAAGGCCACGCUGAACAGAAACGUCCAAUUUAUUGUUCUACCAAAGAAGAAUGGGAAAAUUCCGGCCCAAACGAAAUGUGUCGUUGCUGGCUGGGGCCAAACUGAGAAAGUGCCCACUUCUGAUGUACUGAAGGAGACCACCGAGAAGAUACAGUUCAAUUUUGAGUGCAAAAAUAUUUGGCAGGAAAUAUUUCAUUCAGAUCACAUGAUAUGCACCAGGCCCGACAAGAAAGGAGGGGUUUGUUGGGGAGAUUCCGGGGGUCCGUUAAUCUGCAACACUACGGUUCAAGGACUAGUGGCCUUUGUCUACCAAGAUGACUGCAGUAAUCGCACGAUUCCGCACGUCUUCACCAAAGUUCACCCCUUCCUUCCUUGGAUUAAGGAAGUGAUGCAAAGGAAGGUUGUGGUGUAAGCACAUUGCAAAAUUUCUUUACUUGCUAAACGCUUAUUAGAUGGCAAAUUUCCAUACACUGCUGGCCAAAAGUAUUAGCACCCCUGCAAUUCUGUCAUAUAAUGCUUAAUUUCUCCCAGAAAAUUAUUGCAAUUACAAUGCUUUGGUAGUAAUAUCUUCAUUUAUUUCACUUGCAAUGAGAAAAAACAAAAGACAGUGGAAAAAAACCAAAUAAUUAUCGUUUUACACAAAACUCAAAAUGGGCCAGACAAAGGUAUUGGCACCCUCAGCCUAAUACUUGGUAGCACAACCUUUAGACAAAAUAACUUCGAACAACCGCUUCCGGUAUCCAUCAAUGAGUUUCUUACAAUGUUCUGCUGGAAUUUUAUACCAUUCUUCUUUGGCCAACUGCUCCAGGUCUCUGAGAUUUGAAGGGUGCCUUCUCCAAACUGCCAUUUUCAGAUCUCUCCACAGGUGUUCUAUGGGAUACAAGUCUGGACUUAUUGCUGUCCACUUUAGAAAGUCUCCAGUCCUUUCUCUCAAACCAUUUUCUAGUGCUUUUUGAAGUGUGUUUUGGGUCAUUGUCCUGCUGGAAGACCCAUGACCUCUGAGGGAGACCCAGCUUUCUCACACUGGGCCCUACAUAAUGCUGCACAAUUUGUUGGUAGUGUUCAGACUUCAUAAUGCCAUGCACACGGUCAAGCAGUCCAGUGCCAGAGCUAGCAAAGCAACCCCAAAACAUCAGGGAACCUCCGCCCUGUUUGACUGUGUUCUUUUCUUUGAAGGCCUUGUUUUUUUCCCCAGUAAAUGUUGAUGCCUCUUCCAAAAAAGCUCUACUUUUGUCUCAUCUGACCAGAGAACAUUCUUCCAAAACGUUUUUGGCUUUCUCAGAUAAGCUUUGGCAAACUCAAGCCUGGCUUUUUUAUGUCUCUGGGUCAGAAGUGGGGUCUUUCUGGGUUUCCUACCAUAGAGUCCCUAUUCAUUCAGACUCUGACGAAUAGUAAGGGUUGACACUGUUGUACCCUCAGACUGCAGGACAGCAUGAACUUGUUUGGAUGUUAGUCGAGGUUCUUAAUCCACCAGCCGCACAAUCUUUCGUUGAAAUCUCGUCAAUUUUUCUUUUCCUUCCACAUCUAGGGAGGUUAGCCACAGUGCCAUGGGCUUUACAUUUAUUGAUGACACUGCGCACGGUAGACAUAGGAACAUUCAGGUCUUUAGAGAUGGACUUGUAGCCUUGAGAUUGCCCAUGCUUCCUCACAAUUUUGCUUCUCAAGUCCUCAGACAGUUUUUUGGUCUUCUUUCUUUUCUCCAUGCUCAAUGUGGUAAACACAAGGACACAGGAGAGAGGUUGAGUCAACUUUAUUCCAUUUUAAAUGGCUGCAAGUGUGAUUUAGUUAUUGGCACCACCUGUUAUGUCCCACAAGUAAGUAACAGGUGCUGUCAAUUACACAAAUUAGAGAAGUGUUACAUGAUUUUUCAAAGGGUGCCAAUACAUUUGUCCAGCCCAUUUUUGGAGUUUUGUGUAAAAUUAUAAUGAUUUAAUUUUUUUCCCAUUCUCUUUUGUGUUUUUUCAUUACAAGAAAAAAAUGAAGCUAUUACUAACAAAGCAUUUGUAAUUGUAAUCAUUUUCUGGAAGAAAGUGAGCAUUAUCAGACAGAAUUGCAGGGGUGCCAAUACUUUUGGUCAGCUGUGUAGUUGUUCUCAGUUUCUAGAGAAGUAGGUGCCGUUCAUUCAGAAACAAAACCAAUAACUAUAGGAAAAAGUGUUCUUUAUUGAUUUUAGCAUGAGACAAAUACACAACAUAAAUAAUUAAACACAUGAUGACUGUCAUGUACGUUUGGAUUUAUAAUAUGAAUAAAAAAAUAGAUGUAUCCAUCUUGUAGCUUCUUUAUUUUUUUAUCACAAGGUAAUGUGCAUAUUUGACUGGUUUAAACAUAAAAUCAUAAUUGAAAAUGAUUAAUGAUACUGUAAAUGUAUUUGUCCAUGGAAUAAAAGAAAGUAAAACUGGUUGAAGGGACAGAAAGUUGUGUGACAAAACUGCUUUUGUUAACGUUUAACCACAGACCGCACUGUCAGUCAUAGUGCAAAGUCUUAAAGUUGAAUCGCUUUCGGUCCGUGAAGCCUGUCAUCUGCACACACACAACGCAUGUCUUUAUGCUUUAAGACUUGAGUACAUUUUAAAACAUUCUGAACAAUAUUUAAAUACUAUAGGAGCGCAGUGUGGAUUUUAAAUUUUACAAACGAAAUUCGUUAAAAUCAGAACUCACCUGACUUGGAUCUCUUGUGAAAUAUCUUUUUUCAAUCACCUGUUUGAAGAUACGGCUCAUGUUUUUAUCACAUCACAGUAUAGCUUCAUGGCAUAUACAUUAUGUUAACCCAAUAUCGUAUAUCAAGUGCAGUCAAUGGCUUCGAAAGAUGCCAGUCCUCCCAGUUUAAAUGGAAUAAAUAAAUAAAUAAACAAACUUUAGAGUGCUAUAUUUCCAGAGUGCAUACUGGUAUUAUUAUUUUUUAAAUUGUAUUUUUUUUAACUGAACAUUUUAUGACUAAAUAUUAUUAUUAAUUCAUGAAAAAAGAUUGAUAAUAAUUUGGAAAAAAAAAAAGUCAAGUUAUAUUCGAGACCUGGUGUCCACAUGUUGACACCACAAUUUAAUUCAUGUAGGGCGCACCCAUAGGCGGAGAUUGAUUGGGUGGUUGCAGUGCGCUACCUGGUGGCCGAAAAUGUCAUUGCAUGUAAUUGAUGAAUUUCAAGGGGGAAGUUGAGAAUUUUUGACAUAAGGGCUAUAUAAAGCUUACUCUUCGAGUUAGUGGGGGUUUAAUUAGUCAGUGGAGUUGAUUUAUACAAAUUCUGUGUAGUUUGCUAGUUAUUUGUUAGUCUCAGGGUCCCAGAGUGGCUAAGCUAGUGUGAGUCAAUGGUGCCUGCUUUGCAUAGCAAAAAAACAAAACAGAAAAAAAACGUAUGCAAACAUGAGAAUCACCAAUGACCCAUGCAAUCAAUAGUGUUGGCUAUGGUUCCAGGAUAACAUUACUAAAACUGACCAUUGCAUGUCAAUAAUUGUAGUAUGAACAGUAACUUUUGUAAUACAGCAGCUCUGCAGGGAACAGGUUGUCUAGGCAAGCAGGGCGGAGUGAUAUCACAUUGGUUUUUUCAACGCCGUUUAAUCUGUGGGAACGAAAGGGCCACCCCAGCAGACCGAGCAUGAGUGGCCGAAGCACUCCUUUCUAUUGUAGUCGCAUUACGCAUCUAAAAAAAAAAAAAAAAAUAGUCCAGCAGAAUGAAAUGAAAUACGGCAGUUUGGUGCGACAUUGUUUUGGUCAUAUGGGUAUUUCAAACAGUGAUCUGCAUUUUGAAUUUAUUUGACUAUGUUAGAUCUGUUAAUAUCAUUUUUUUUAUUGGCAUGCUAAGCAGACAUCAGUGUUGUUUUCGUCAAUAACGACUAUAACGAAAAUAUUUUGUCGAAGAACAAUUUUUUCAUGACGAUAACGAGAUCAUUACGAGCUAAAAACGUGUCUUGGGAGACUAAAACAUAACGACACAAAUGCCAGUUUUCGUCUGAUGUGACGAGAACAAGACGAAAAUGCGCUAUAGUUUCUGUCACAUAAUCACAAUGUGUAGUUAGCCUGCAGUGUCUGGUUGUGUCACUCAUGUGACGUGCUGUGCCCCCCGAAAACUCCACCGCUAGUGUACUCUCCAGUCUCCCAAUGCUUGUUUUA